UUUGUCCGGUCUGAAAUAUUUUUGACAGUUCUAUUUUUUCUGCUUUUCACAAAGGCAGGGGCUCGUUGUUACAUUUUUAAGCUCAUGUGCUCUUCUGAACAGACGGUUGUUAAAUACUAUCUUGUCGGAGGGGCAUGGAGGUCCCAGCUGUAGUCACAGUUCGCCUCAUCAGGUCGUUUGAACAAAGAAACUUUAAGCCUGUAGUUUUCCAGCAGGUCAGCCUGGAGCAGACCGUCCAGGACUUCAUGCGCUGUGUGAGAACCGAUAUUGCCACAAGACCAGGACUUCCUCCUCCUUUCAGAAACUAUGGAUAUGACACCAUGAAGAUAAUUCACCAAGCUCAUGGAGCAAAGACAAAUGAGUUGGUAAUGAGUUUAGACGACGAUGAAAAGCUUAUAUUACAAGAUGAUCAAACCCUCAAAGCUGCUGGAGUCGCUAAUGAAACAGAAGUGGGGUUUUUCAGAAAAGAUGAUUAUGUUUAUUACAAAGCAAACCCCCAGUCUUCAUGGUGACCCCAGCAAGUAACGUUACAGCAGGGUUCCUCUGUAAAGGACUGGCAGAACAUCAACAACCAGAACCAUUAUUAUAACGAAAUGUUAUUUAAAAGUUGUUUUAUUUAAUGCAUGUUCCAAAGUAUGACAUUGUGUCAUUGUUUUCUCUAUUUUGCUGGCCAGCCUUUGAUGAUUGUAACCGUUGACAGAUUUUAGUUGUGAAUGGUAUUUUUUUUUAGAUAUGUUGAAUAUGUAGAAUAAAAUCUUUUUUUGUGUUACAAUUUAAAGACAGUAGUAUUGUACUCAAUUGUUCUACGACUUUGUAAAUAUCCAAUUUCUAACAAGUUGUAAUAUAUUCAAGUUUGAAUGGAUUUAACUCUCUUAACUGUAAUAAAGGGAAAAACAGUAAAUCGAUUUGACAGGAUAUUCCCCCCACACACCAACAACCUAUUUAAAGCGAUCUUAAUAUGGUUCUCAAAUCCAUAGCAGCUUGUUACAGUGAGUUUCAUUGCUUUUUUAGAUUUAAAUCUGCCAUAGUUCCACCUUUUAUAUCCUACAUAUAAUGUUAAAAGAAUCUUGCUGGAAUUUAUUUCAGAUUAUUUAUAUACCAUCAAUUUACAGCACAUCAUCUAAGGGCACUUUGUAGUUGAUUCUGUCAAAUCACACAAACAGAAUGUGUGCAGUUAAGCUUUCUACCUUAGAAAAACUCAGCUGUUCGCAUCUAGUCACAGACUUUGCAGAACUCACAACUGCUAGGUGAGAAUGUAUCGACACUAGAUAAUAGCUUGCAUUGUAUCAUUGAUUUUGCAACAGUCAGUCAUGCUCGGAGAGGAAAAUUCCCUUUUAACAAGAAGGAAUCCUCAGCAGAACCAGGCUCAGUGUAAGCAGCCUUCUGCUAAGGGUAAUGGUGGAUAUGAGAAGAAGCAAAUACACAAGGAACAUAGGUGCACUGAUCCAGGAAUACUUCCUGUCUUAGAUCAAAUAAUGGUAGAUUAGCUUCAUAGGUGGUGCUGUCUAGAAAAACACAAACAGCUAUGCCGAUAAGCUCUGAGCCUGACUUCCUGUCAAAAGGAUGACAGAGAGCACAUUCAGUUGAUUACAGUGAAAGCUGAGUUGAUACUGUAGCUAGAGUCAUAUGAAAAAGUUUGGGCACCCGUAUUAAUCUUAGUUAUUUUUAUUUCUACAUAUUUGGCUGUUUGCAACGGCUAUUUCAGUUUGAUAUAUCUAAUAACUGAUGGACACAGUAAUAUUCAGUAUUGAAUUGAGGUUUAUUGGACAAACAGAAAAUGUAGAAUAUGCAUUAAAACAAAACUUGACACGUGCUAAUCAUUUUAUUGAUUUGAAUACCCUUAACUACUUUUCACUGACUUACUGAAACACAAAAUUGGUAUGGUAACUUCAUUAAGAAUCAUGAGUAAAUGUAUUUAAGUUGAAAAUGUAUUU